AUGACCGACGAUACCUUUUGCUCGCCCCUCUUCCUUAUUCCGAAGAGCGAUGGGACGCCGAGGAUCAUAUCGGACUUUUCAAACGUGUCGCGCAACUUCAUCAAGUACCCUUUCAAGCUGAAAACCAUACCCAUGAUUGCUCCGAUGCUAGCGUCAGCAACAGUGGCGACAAAAAUUGACCUUAAAUCGGCUUUUUAUUCGAUCCCACUGGCCCAGAGCAGGAGGAGGUUCUUCGGCUUCGGGACCGUUAAUUCGAAAUUCCGGUAUAAGACCCUCCCAAUGGGAGCGGGAUUCUCGCCAUAUGCGCUGCAAAAUAUCGUGUUAGACCUAUGUGCCAAAUCGGUAAAAAAGGCUAACUUCUCGGUAUAUCUCGAUGAUAUCAUCAUCUUCCAUGCGGACGAACAAUAUGUCUUCAACGACACUAUUGCCCUCCUCGAUAUGAUAUCGGCAUGGGGACUCAGAAUCAACGAUUCCAAGUCAGUCCUUUCGCCCACCAACAAAAUCUCCUACCUAGGCAUAAACAUAAACUUCACAAACAAGACGGCAAGUGUGGAUAAAGAUAAUCAAUCCCGCCUGAAAUUUUGCCAAUUGAUACUAUACAAACACUCGUUACAAUCAAUGGCAAUAGAACGCAACGUCGCCUUGGAAGUCUUAGGAAUUCUCAACCACUACACAUACUCGAUCACCGGACUAUCAAGAGUAUUCGCACCUUACUACGACACUAUGCUCAACCCGGAGGACCCGCCAUCCAUCGAUUACCUCAAGGCGUAUCCGAAGGCAGUAGCAGCAAUAGAUGCAUUAAUGAAGCCCUUUCCGUUCACCUUCAUCAUCAAUACAAUAUUGCACGUCGACGCGUCCUCAACCCAUAUAGGGGUGUCCGAUACCUUCACCACAGGAUAUUCUUUCACCUUCGACGAAGCGAAACAGGCCCUGGGAGUCCCAGAGAUGGUAACACCUCACAUCAACCAAAAAGAGCUCCUAGCGAUAUGGGUGGGAUGCAAAUACUCACUUAAUAAGUUUAAAACCAUCCCAGCUAUAGUGACAGAUAGCCAAGUAGCAAAUCUGACCUGGAUACCCUCGGAAAACAAUCUAGCGGACUCGCCUAGCCGAACUUGGAUCCCCAGCGACGAGGCACACGCUAUCUUGCACGGGUUAGACACGGCAGGCCUACCGAGUAUGGAAGAAACUAUCGGACGCAUCCCCUAUGCCUCAACCCCGCUCUACACUACGGACGAAGCCGACGCCAGCGAGUUUGCAAACAACUUAGCAAACAUGGAGCGAGACUUUGACCCGGGUAUGUUCGAAAGAACUCUGGAUUUAUCAAUAAACACCGCAUACGAGGAAGAAUCUUCUUUCCCCGAGGAACACCACCCCUCCCAAUAA